AUGAGUCAUGGUCAAAAACAAUUAUACCGAAAACUGAUGCAAAAAUUGGCCACGCUGAUGGAUAGACACGGAUAUAAUAAUCGAUACUUUUUAACCGGGGGAACAUUAAUCGGAUCGCACAGACAUCAUGAUUUCAUUCCGUGGGAUGAUGAUGUGGAUGUGAUGGUCGAUGUGAAACUUCGUUCGUGGCUCCGUGACGAGCUGGCUUCCAUGAGACCGGAAUAUGAUGUUGUUCAUGCUACGCGAGACAAAUUUUUCACCAAACUUCUUCCUCUGGACCAGGACAAUGAUACAGAUGUCGAACAAAGUCGAAAUUGUACAUCUUACCCAUGGGGUUGGCCGUUUCUGGACAUCAGUUACUAUGAAGUAAAUGAAACACAUGUGAAAGAAAUCGCCAUAGCUUCCGGAGGAUAUUACCAAUGGUCAAUAGAUACAAUUUUUCCUAUUCUUUAUCGACCAUUUGGUCCGGAAUGGUAUCCGACGCCACGGGACCCUUUGGGGACCUUAAUUCCCAUGUACGGCAAGUCAAAUCAGUGUAAAACACAUAGCUAUUCACACGUGUUCGAACGCUCGAGUGAUUGGAAAGGAGUGGAUUGUUCCCAACUUGGUUCACGAUAUCCCUUUGUGCAACAUCGUCCUUGUCUCGUCCGCGGGACAAUUGCACGGUCCGGACGAACAAUGCUUGUUGAGGAGCAACUCGUACUCGACAGUGGUCAGGGCGGUAAAAUAGUUAUUCAUUCAUUUUGUUUGGCCUCAGAUGCGAGUAACUCUCGUGCGGAUACCUACGCCAUGGAUUUUGUAUAA